CCUGUCUAGUCCAAUUGGAUACCUACCAAGUUGUCGGCGCCGGAGCUUUAUUGCCCUUAGGUCCAUAUCAUAUCAUACAUGUAGCUUGGCCAGCUUGGUCUUCUCUCAAUCUUGGAAAUCUUGGGUAUCUAUCUCAACCAACCCUUGGAAAUCUCGAGAUCUCUCCAGAAUAGAUCCAACUUUAGAUUUCUUCAUCAACCCCUUUCGAUAACUCCAUCGCUCCAAAUUUAUGUAAACGUUGUCAAGGCGAAGAAAAGAAAAGGAAAUAAGUUUGGGCUUACUCGUGUCGUGAGAACCUAUGUCAUCUAAUAAUAUGUCCGUGUCGGCGGCCUCCCCACUCAAUGCGACGAAACGUCUGCUGAAGGAACUCGCCGUCUGGGAGAAGGAGGCGCCGAAUGAGACGGGGAUAGAACGCCUGGGGCCAGUGAGUGAGGAUGAAUUAUUGCACUGGGAAGCCGUCAUCAACGGACGGGGUGUAGGAUCUGGUUACGAUGAAGGCCGUUGGCUCCUCGACAUAUCGGUACCGCCGUCGUACCCCCUACAACCCCCCAAGAUUUCCUUCGAGACGCCAAUCGUGCAUGCCAACAUUGCCUUCCGAAGCGGCGAGAUCUGUCUCGAUUUAUUGAAAGAAGCGUGGACGCCAGCGUACAGCGUUCUAGAGUGCGUGCGCGCUGUGCGAAUGCUGCUAAGCUGCCCCGAAACAGACAGUCCCCUCAACGUCGAUGUCGCAGCUUUACUACGCGGUGGCGACGUCCUCGGCACCCGGCGACUCGUCGAAUUCUGGGUUCGCGAUGAAGCGGGACGGUAUGAGGGAAGGUAGUAAAUACGGAAUCUACCUAGGGCUACAAAAUACCGAAGAUU